UAUAGUAUUUAACAUCUUACACGGUUAUCAGCGGCUAUAUUGUAAACAUGUAGUGGAAUAGAAUAUUAAAAUUAUUAAACGAACGUUAUCGUUUUAUAUUAGUACACACAUAUACAUUUUGUAGAAGGUUCACUAGGCAUUGGUUUCGAUUAGUGGACGGACGUCUUUCGUACUGGUUCACACAUAAUAGGAAGAACUCUAUCGAUAUAUAUAAUAUUAUAGCAAAGUUCCAAUUGUACAGUCAUAAUGAUAAUUUCAAAUGUAAGUGGUUCCGUCCGGAACCACGUUCGAAACCAAUUCAUCGCCCUAUCUAUAUCACGAGCGAGGUAUUCAUCUAAAGUUGAAUACAAACCAAUCAGAAGUGUUCUUGUAGCUAACCGAGGUGAAAUUGCUAUCCGUGUAUUCAGAGCAUGUAAUGAAUUGGGUAUCAAGUCUGUUGCUAUAUAUUCAGAACAAGAUAAAAUGCAUAUGCAUAGACUAAAAGCCGAUGAAUCGUAUCUAGUUGGAAAAGGAAAAGCUCCAGUAGAAGCAUACCUUGACAUACCUGAAAUUAUUAGAAUUGCAAAAGAAAACGAUGUCGAUGCUAUUCAUCCUGGUUAUGGUUUUCUAUCUGAGCGAUCUGACUUUGCUCAAGCAGUCAUUGAUGCUGGAAUCCGGUUUAUUGGACCAACACCUUAUGUUGUUCAACAAAUGGGUGAUAAAGUUGCUGCCAGACAAGCAGCUAUUGACGCUGGUGUCCCAAUAGUGGCUGGUACUCCUGGUCCAAUUAGGACAUCUGAUGAAGCUAUUGAAUUUUGUCUGAAACAUGAUUUACCAGUUAUAUUUAAAGCCGCUUUUGGAGGUGGUGGCCGAGGUAUGAGGGUUGUUAGGAAAAUGGAAGAAGUAAAAGAAAGUUUUGAACGUGCUAGUUCAGAAGCAAAAGCAGCUUUUGGUGAUGGUGCGAUGUUCAUCGAGAAAUUUGUUGAAAGACCAAGACAUAUUGAAGUUCAGCUUUUGGGUGAUCAGGCUGGAAAUAUUGUUCAUUUAUAUGAAAGAGACUGUUCAGUACAACGUCGUCAUCAAAAAGUUGUUGAGUUGGCACCAGCUCCUCAUUUGGACCCAAAAGUUAGAGAUUUAAUGACUGAACGUGCAGUCAAAUUAGCUAAACAUGUAGGUUAUUCAAACGCCGGUACCGUAGAAUUUUUAACAGACGGCAAAGGCAAUUUCUAUUUUAUUGAAGUUAAUGCUAGACUUCAAGUGGAACAUACUGUUACUGAAGAGAUCACUGGUAUUGAUUUAGUGCAAUCUCAAAUACGGAUCGCGGAAGGCGUUACACUGCCUGAACUUGGAUUGACACAAGACUCAAUUAAGCCACAAGGUUUUGCUAUCCAAUGUCGUGUUACUACUGAAGAUCCUGCUAAAAAUUUCCAACCGGACACUGGCCGUAUUGAAGUAUUCAGGAGUGGUGAAGGCAUGGGUAUCAGAUUGGACGGUGCCUCUGCAUUUUCUGGAGCAAUAAUCAGUCCAUACUAUGAUUCAUUACUCGUUAAAGUUAUUGCGCAUGCUGCUGAUUUACAAGCAUGUUGUGCUAAAAUGAACCGUGCCUUACGCGAAUUUAGAGUUCGUGGAGUAAAAACCAAUAUACCAUUCUUGUUAAAUGUGUUAACCAAUGAAAAAUUUGUAAAUGGAUCAGUUGAUACAUAUUUUAUUGAUGAAAACCCUCAACUGUUCACACUUGAGCCAUCUCAAAAUAGAGCUCAAAAAUUACUGAACUAUUUGGGAGAGGUUUUAGUAAAUGGCCCUCAGACUCCAUUAGCAACCAGUUUAAAGCCAGCAAAUGUACGCCCUAAUGUACCUGAAUUCCCUGCAGAUUACGUUGCACGUAUAUUAGGCAAAAAUGAUCCAGAAAAUAACUCAGGCUUGAAUCCACCUAAAGGAUUUAAACAAAUUCUCACUAAAGAUGGACCAGAAGCUUUUGCAAAGGCAGUUCGAGACCAUAAGGGACUUUUGUUAAUGGACACAACAAUGAGAGAUGCACAUCAAUCUCUUUUGGCCACUAGAGUCAGAUCCCAUGAUAUUCUACGUAUUGCUCCAUGGGUGUCACAAAGUUUCCCAGGUUUAUAUUCAUUGGAAAACUGGGGUGGAGCUACAUUUGAUGUUGCACUUCGAUUCUUACAUGAAUGUCCAUGGGAAAGAUUAGCAGACAUGAGAUCAGCUAUACCUAAUAUACCGUUUCAGAUGUUAUUGCGUGGGGCAAAUGCUGUUGGUUACACAAACUACCCCGAUAAUGUUGUCUUUAAAUUCUGUGAUCUAGCUGUUCAAGCUGGUAUGGACGUGUUCCGUGUAUUUGACUCUCUUAAUUACUUACCAAAUAUCAUUCUUGGUAUGGAAGCAGCUGCUAAAGCAGGAGGUGUUGUUGAAGCAGCUAUUGCAUAUUCUGGAGAUGUAUCUGAUCCUUGUAAAACAAAAUACACUUUAGACUAUUAUGUAAAUUUUGCUGAUGAGCUAGUUAAAGCUGGUACUCAUGUAUUGUGCAUCAAGGAUAUGGCAGGACUUUUGAAACCUCGAGCUGCUACUAUGCUCAUUGGUGCUAUUCGUGCUAAAUAUCCCAAUUUACCUAUCCAUGUCCAUACUCAUGACACCAGUGGUGCUGGUGUUGCUUCUAUGUUAGCUGCAGCACAAGCUGGUGCUGAUGUAGUAGAUGUUGCCGUUGACUCAAUGUCUGGUAUGACUUCACAACCUAGCAUGGGUGCUAUUAUCGCUUCAUUGCAGGAUACUGAAUUAGAUACUGGUUUAAAGUUAAAAGAGGUAUCUGAAUAUAGUGCUUACUGGGAGCAAGCGAGAACUCUGUAUGCACCAUUUGAAUGUACUACAACAAUGAAAUCAGGAAAUGCUGAUGUCUAUUUAAAUGAAAUUCCUGGAGGUCAAUAUACCAAUCUCCAAUUUCAGGCUUACUCUCUAGGAUUAGGUGACUUCUUUGAAGAUGUGAAAAAAGCUUACAGAGAAGCCAAUAUUUUACUUGGUGAUAUUAUUAAGGUAACACCAUCUUCCAAAGUUGUUGGAGAUUUUGCUCAAUUCAUGGUACAAAACAAAUUAACUGCUGAAGAUGUAUUAGAGAAGGCUGAAGAACUGAGUUUCCCUAAAUCAGUCAUUGAAUUCCUACAAGGUGGUAUUGGUGAACCAUACCAAGGAUUCCCUGAACCAUUGAGAUCAAAAGUUUUAAAAGACAUGCCACGGAUUGUAGGUCGGCCUGGAUGCACUUUACCUCCUUUAGAUUUUAACAAAGUUAAAUCUGAUUUACAAGAAAAAUAUCAAAAAGUUAGUGAUUAUGAUGUUAUGAGUUCUGCCCUUUAUCCUACGGUCACAGAUGAGUUCCUGACAUUCAAGGAAAAAUAUGGACCAGUAGAUAAACUUGAUACUAGAAUAUUUUUGACUGGGCCUAAAGUUGGAGAAAACUUUGAAGUGACAAUUGAAAAAGGUAAAACAUUAGCCUUUAAAACACUUGCGAUUUCUGAAGAGUUAACUGCCAACGGUGAGAUUGAAGUAUUCUUUGAAAUGAAUGGUCAAUUGCGGUCUGUGUUCAUACGAGACAAUGAAGCUUCUAAAGAGAUGCAUAUACAUCCAAAAGCUUCCAAAUCCGAUAAGGGACAGGUUGGGGCUCCAAUGCCUGGAUCAGUAAUGGAUGUUCGUGUGAAAGUAGGGGACAAGGUUGAAAAAGGCGCUCCAUUAGUUGUUCUAUCUGCAAUGAAAAUGGAAAUGGUGGUGCAAUCGCCUAUAGCUGGAACAGUUAAACAAAUUGAUAUAAGCGUUGGAAUGAAAUUGGAAGGAGAUGAUUUAUUGCUAUCCAUUGAACCAUAACUUUGUUUAAAAAAAUGAACUUAUUAGGAUUGUGUACCUUUGUUUUUUAUCUCUGCCAAAAAAAAAAAAAAAACAAAUUUUGUUUUAAGAUUAAU